GGCUAGUUUUUGCAACGGCUAAGGGCCUGUGGGUUUAUGAUAAGGCGGAGCUCCGCGGGAGAGGUGAGGGCUGGAGCCGAGCCGGGAGGAGAGGAAUCCAGAGGUAGAGAGCGGACUGUAGCCGGCGGAUUCCGCAGCCCUCGCCAGAGACAGCCGCGCGCGGGGCAUUGCCCGAGGGUGCAGCGCGCAAAGACCCGGCGGAGCCCGCCCGGAGCCCCGCGCAGUCCGUGCCGCGCGGCGUCACCCCGAUCCCCGCAGCCCGCAGCGCUCCCGCCGCCGGUCCGGGCAGCAUGAGGCGCGUUGCGCUCUGGCUCUGGCUCUGCGCGCUGGCGCUGCGCCUGCAGCCGGCUCUCCCGCAAAUAGUGGCCACAAAUGUGCCCCCUGAAGACCAGGAUGGCUCUGGGGAUGACUCUGACAACUUCUCUGGCUCGGGUGCAGGUGCUCUGCAAGAUCUCACCCUGUCACAGCAGACCGCGUCCCCCUGGAAGGACACGGAGCUCCUGACGGCCAUGCCCACGGCUCCAGAGCCCACAGGCACCGACAGCGUCGCCACUUCCACCUCCAUCCUGCAGGCUGCAGAGAGGCCGGAGGACAGAGACGCAGUGCUCCCGGCGGGGGUGGAGCCCGGCUUCACGGCCAGGGGGAGGGAGACCACCCCCCCGCCCCGUGAGACCACGCGGCACCCAACCACUCACCGGGCAUCAACAGCAAGAGCCACCACGGCCCAGGUGCCUGCCACCUCCCAUCCCCAUGGGGACAUGCAGCCUGAGCACCGUGAGACGUCAGCCCCUGCAGGGCCCAGCCAGCUCGCUUCUCACGCACCCAGCGUGGAAGACAGUGGUCCGUCUGCCACCGAGAAGGCUGCCGAGGAUGGAGUCUCCACUCAGCUCCCGGCAGGAGAGGGCUCUGGGGAGCAGGACUUCACCUUUGACAUAUCUGGGGAGAACACAGCCGUGGCUGCUAUGGAGCCUGACCAGCGGAAUCAGCCCCCAGUGGACCAUGGGGCCACGGGGGCCUCCCAGGGCCUCCUGGACAGGAAGGAAGUGCUGGGAGGGGUCAUCGCUGGAGGCCUCGUGGGGCUCAUCUUUGCCGUAUGCCUGGUGGGUUUCAUGCUGUACCGGAUGAAGAAGAAGGACGAAGGCAGCUACUCCUUGGAGGAGCCCAAACAAGCCAACGGUGGGGCCUACCAGAAGCCCAGCAAACAGGAGGAAUUCUAUGCCUGACAGGGACGGGGCCCCCCCUGCCCCGUCACUCGCUAGGCCCCCACUUGCCUCUUCCACGAAGAACUGCGGGCCCUGGCGCCAUGCCCCCCACCCCCGGCCCCCUGCCCACGGCCUUCCGGGGCACGCUGGGGGCUCUCCUCUGCUUCUCUGACUUCCGCCUGGAGACUUGGGCGCAAGGGCUUUCUCGCACAUGACUUUUCCACCGCCGCCAGCACCUGGGACCUCACCAUUCUGACUCAGUUUCUCCAACCCAGAGCAGCCCCUCCCCGGGCCCGAUUCUGGAGAGAAAGGGGACCCUGCCGCUUUGGACCUGGACAGCCCGCUUGGCCAAGGGCCGGCCCAUCUGUCGCACUUGCUGGUGGAGACCAGCGGCGGGGGGUGGGGGGGGGAGGGGGUGCGGGGGGGUCGUUUCCGCCCCUGAGUGGCAGGGAGAGGAGUUCAGAGCUCCAUGAGAGCGAUGUUUCGUGGGGAGGUCUCAUUUAGGUAUCAACUUGUUUUUGCACAUGUUUCCUCUAGUUUCUUUGUUCAUAGCCCAGCAGACCUGGUCACUUCCGGGGUAAGUUAAGUACGUUGAUUUGGUUACCCCCAUCCUGCUUCCCUAAUCUACGGCGAGGAGACAGUAUCAGGGUUAAGAAGACUGUUUUGUUUUGUUUUGUUUUGUUAACUAGGAGAACCAAAUCUGGAAGCCAACAUGUGGGCCUAGUUUGUGUGUUGUCUCAGUUUGUCACUCACGUGUGCAACAGGGUAUGAAAUGUCUGUUGGGUGGCCCCAUUGGUGGGCUGGCUGAUCCUGGUGGCCGUGGGCAGUCACACCUGGAGCGGUCACGCUCGUGUCCAUGGACUCGGGGCCGCUGCUGGGCCCCAGCCUGCUGCGAUGUUGAGGAGCCGUGUGAGGAUGGAGUCGGGCACCUCGAGCUGGGGCCCAAGAAGAGAGGAUGGUGGGGUGAGCGCGGUGGCAGUGGCCUCCAGACCGAGCCCUUCCUUUCGUGCCAUCUCUGGAGCCCAUUUUCCUCCAGAAGGUGACGGGAGGGGCCCGGGCACACCUGGCACGGAGCUAUUCCAUGUAGGACCAGGUUCACCUCUAAUUAGCUCCUGUGGCCCUGCCCCCAGGGCUGGAAUCAGGAAUAUUCCAAAGAGUGAUAGUCUUUUGCUUUUGGCAAAACUCUACUUAAUCCAAUGGGUUUUUCCCUGUACAGUAGAUUUUCCAAAUGUAAUAAACUUUAAUAUAAAGUAGUCAUGUGAACUCUACUGCCUUUGCUUCUUCUCUCUGUGCUGGCCGUGUGGAUGUGACCAGCUUUUUCUCGAAACACAAAUGAUAUUGGGAAACUUGGCUCAGAACUCUAUGCCGUUCUUUCCCGUGGGGAGGGGUGCUGUGGCCAGAGUCCCUCUGAUUUGUUUGCUUUUUAUUUUUUUGCCUUUGCCGAAAUUCUUCUGGAGGUCGGUAGGUUCAGCCAACGUUAUAUAAGGCCUGAUGUGAAUUUCUUGUGUUGCCAAGCUCGACGCACCGUCUCCCAGAUGGCUUACGAAGCUGUGACGGCCUCGGCACGGCUUUACCUGAGGGCCGCUGGCUCCGCAGAGGCUCGGACACCUUGGACAGACCUCCUCUCACACCUUUGCUAGGACCAGAGCCCCCAGCCCGGUGCUCCUGGGAACUCGCGCGCUCGCCUGUUUGACAACGUUCCACUGCUCUGUUGGCCGCUCCAAGAGGGGGUGCCGUCUGUGACUCUGAGAGCCGCUCCGCCAUGCAAAGGGAACCCGUGCUCUGUGCUCAAUACUGAGACUUUCUGCCCGGAGUUUGUGACUGGACAAGACUCGGGGGGUGGGGAAGGGGUCGACGACUGCUCAUCUCUGCUCCUCCCUGGGAUGGCCCUGAGCCUGUGGCUGGGCCCAUUCACGGAACUGUAAUAAACGGCACUUGUCAUUUGGG